CAAAGCCUGGCCAGUAAGCGUUUCGACGCGAUGCUCUCUAGACGUUUUGUUUCUAAUGAACGAGAUACCGACCGUGCUGUUUGCCGCGUGUCAUACCGAUAUUGUCAGCGGAUUUUUGUUUAUGUGGUGAUAAUCUGUCAUUGCUUCUUCAUCCACAAACACAUCGUUUUACACAGGUAGAAGAUGGUAUAUGGUAUAUUGAAAUUCGGCCUGUGGUGCAGAGGGCGUCGAGAACGUCGCAGCCAUAAGGAAGGCCGUGUAAGAAACGACAAACUUUGCGACGAUCGGCCGCCGACCCUGGCAGAGCGAGCUGUAACGUCGAGCAGUGCACAUCGUGCUCGAAUAAUCUGCCGCUCCGAAAUUACAUUAAAUCGUUGUGUUAUUAUUAUUGUUGUUAAUACAAAUGGAUCCAAAACGAUUUUAUGGUACUAA